UCAAAUUUAUUUUUAAUAAACUACAAUGUGUACAUUAUUAUCUUAACAAUGUCAGUAAUACAAAAAGACCUCCUCAAACUUAUAAAUUCAUAUAUGUUUCCAAGCAAAACACUCGAUAUGUAAAUCGAUACAGAAUGAGAUAAUAUAUCAUAUUAUUAUCCUUAUUUUAACACACCAGCGUUUUAAGCGCACGUUUAAUAAACAUCAUGUCCACUUUUAUCUUUAUCAAUAAACGAGUCACCCAGUGAAUAACAAAUAAACGAUUUUGACGUUGUCUGCCAUCUGUGAAUGAGUAGAAUAAUAACCGGAUGGACGGCCGUCGUGACGGCAAAUAUUGAUCUGUUUUGCAAAAGCAACUAAAACACCUGGACCAAAGUUGAAAAGAUGAAAAGGCAAAAUGUGAGAACUUUGUCUUUGGUCGUGUGCACAUUUACUUAUUUAUUGAUAGGGGCUGCGGUGUUCGAUGCCCUGGAAUCAAAGGUAGAGAGCAAACGGGACGACUUGCUCAAAGUGUCGUCAAAUGCCCUAAAAGCCAAAUAUAAUAUAUCUGAAGACGAUUAUCGAAUGAUCGAACUGGUGAUAAUAGAAUAUAAGCCCCACAAAGCAGGUCCUCAAUGGAAAUUCGCAGGAGCAUUUUAUUUUGCCACAGUGGUGUUAGCCAUGAUUGGUUAUGGACAUUCAACGCCAGUCACAGCUGGAGGAAAAGCGUUUUGUAUGGGCUAUGCAACAGUGGGAAUUCCUUUGGGUCUGGUGAUGUUCCAGAGUAUUGGUGAACGUUUGAACAAAUUUGCGUCGGUGGUUAUAAGACAAAUCAAGAAGUAUCUGAAUUACCAGAAGGUCGACGCCACAGAAAUGAAUCUCAUGGGAGUCACUGGACUAUUGUCAACAAUCAUUAUAACCACUGGCGCGGCUGUGUUUUCUAAAUACGAGGGUUGGACUUACUUCGACAGUUUCUAUUAUUGCUUUGUGACGCUAACCACUAUAGGAUUUGGAGAUUAUGUUGCUCUGCAGAACGACAACGCAUUAAUUAACAAACCGGGAUAUGUGGCACUGAGUCUCGUUUUUAUUCUAUUUGGAUUGGCUGUGGUGGCCGCCAGCAUAAAUUUGCUUGUACUCAGGUUUAUGACCAUGAACGCUGAGGACAUUCGUCGCGACGAUCAAGACCUUCAGUCAUCGUCGCACAACGUCCUAACACUGGACGGAGAGGUAAUGGCAGCUAAUGGUAAACUUCUCGGUCACAUAUCCGAUGACAUUGAUAUAGAUCAAAUGUCGGUCUGCUCGUGUAACUGUUUAGGGUUGAACCACUCGGAGAAUCAAGAACUGUUGUUAGAUUCAAGCUAUCAUCCAUCACAGAGUGUCAUUUCAGGCAAUUUGAAAAUAAAAAGGGCAUCUGUCUGACAUAAAUACAGCUACUGAAUGAGGGAACUUAACUAAAUUAUUUCCCUCGGAGGUGUCCUAGCAGGGAGUAGUCAAACACUUGUGUUGAGUGGAUAUAUGACCGAUUUUCAGUAAUAUUUACUGGCAUAAGACGUUAAUAAAUUAAUUUAAUUAAAUGAAUUUAAUGGUUGGUCAAAAAAUGAAUAAUUUACAAUUUUCGGAUUACUGUUUGCUGGGAUAUCUUUAACAACGUAACGAAGUUGUUGAUUUUUAAUAUUAUAUUGUUUAAAACCAAGAGAAUGUUUAAGACUAAAUUAACUAUAUGUUAUUGUCGUAAUUUUUUAAUUAAUAUAAUGGCUGUUGCCAAAUAAGUAUUGUGCCAAUGUUUAAAAUAACACUGAAAGAUAUUCACUUAAAAAAUUCCAUUAGCAUGUGAAUAUUACAUUCAAAUAGUUUCAGAUACUUUCAUAGUUUGAAUACAUUACAAUAGCUGAACUUUUGUAUUAUAAAUAGUCAUAGUUUCCACAAGCAAUAUUAAUAAAGGAAAUGAUCUUAAUGAAUUUAACGAGUUUCCAAAUAUAAAAUAAUUUACAAAUAAUUCAGGGUGUUGAAAGACGCAGUUCUGAAUAUGGGUAAUACAAGUAGAAAACGUUUUUAUACAAUGUUAGAUUGAACUAACUUCUUCAUCACACUGAAUACUUUGGCGCAACAAAAAGGAAACUCAACAUAUCAAUUAUUUUCAAAAAUUACGUAUUUCAACAAACUUUCAGGGAUAUUUUCAAUGAACAAAUCUUAUAUUUGGAAACUCUUGUACUAAUAAUUAUAAUUAAAAUAUAAAUAGACAAUUC